AUGUUUGCCUUUUGGAGCUUGGCACUUGUACUGCUUGAUGCAACAGCAGGAAAAGAAGUCUGCUAUGACCGACUGGGCUGCUUUUCAGAUGAUAUACCAUGGGCUGGAACUGUACAACGACCAAUCGCAAAGUUACCUUGGUCCCCAACAAGAAUAAACACUCGCUUCCUUCUCUACACAAAGCAGAACCCUAAUAACUUCCAAGAAAUCACUGCAAUUAAUCCAGAAACGAUUGAUUAUUCAAACUUUAAUGCCAGCAAGAUAACCCGCUUCAUUACCCAUGGAUUUGUAGAUCAAGGCGAAGAAAACUGGCUGUCAGACAUGUGCAAGAGGAUGUUUCAAGUGGAAGAUGUGAACUGCAUCUGCAUAGACUGGAGUAGUGGUUCCAGGUGUCCAUACACCCAAGCAUCGAACAAUAUCCGUGUGGUGGGAGCUGAAGUGGCCUACUUUGUAAAUGUCCUUCAGUCAAAGUAUGGAUACUCUCCAUCCAUGGUUCAUUUCAUUGGCCACAGCCUUGGCGCACAUGCAGGUGGUGAGAUGGGAAGAAGAGUACCAGGAAUUGGAAGAAUAACUGGACUGGAUCCUGCUCAACCCUAUUUUCAAGGCACGCCAACUGAGGUCAGACUGGAUAAAAGUAACGCUGAUUUUGUUGACAUUAUUCAUACUGAUUCAGCCCCAACUAUUCCAUACAUGGGUUUUGGUAUAAGUCAAGCUAUAGGACACCUUGAUUUUUAUCCAAAUGGAGGAGAAUAUAUGCCGGGAUGUAAGAAGAAUCCUAUUUCACAAAUAGUUGACAUUGAUGGAAUCUGGGAAGGAACCCGUGACUUUGUGGCCUGUAACCACUUGCGAAGCUACAAGUAUUAUUCAGAUAGCAUUGUCUUCCCAGAUGGAUUUUUGGGUUACCCCUGUGCAGCAUACAACUUAUUUGAAACGGAUGGCUGCUUCCCAUGUCCAAAUGGUGGAUGCCCUAAAAUGGGUCACUAUGCAAUUGAAUCUAAAGGCAGAUUCACCUCUUCAUUUACAAAGCUUUAUCUGAACACUGGAGAUGCCAAGGAUUUUGCCCGUUGGAGGUACAAAAUAUCAGUCACUCUGUCUGGAAGAAGCAGUGUCCGUGGAUACAUAAAUAUUGCCCUAUAUGGAAGUGGAGGGAACACCAAGCAAUAUCAGAUUUUCAAGGGGAAACUCCAACCUGAUGAAACUUAUACCCACCUAAUUGAUGUACAACUUAAUGUUGGAUCAGUUACUAAGGUUAAAUUUCUGUGGAACAACAAUAUCAUAAAUCCAACCUUGCCCAAACUGGGAGCAGCAAAGAUUACAGUACAGGAUGGAGAAGAUGGGACAGUAUACAAUUUCUGUGGUAGUGACACAGUGAGAGAAGAUGUUCUGCAAACACUUACACCGUGCUGAAUAACAAGAAAAAAUAGCAAAAGCUUUUAUGCAAAUCUU